GGGGCUUUGGGUUUUGAGUAUAAAACCGAAAGCGCAAAGCCAAUUCAGCCAUCAUUUGAAAUACCUUUCACGUGAACAAACCAAAAUGAAAUACUUAAUUUUGUGCAUUUUAAUCAGCGUUGUUGCUGCCGAAAAGCUAUAUACCACCAGGUACGAUAACAUCGAUUUGGACAAAAUUUUGAAAAACACCAGGCUGUUGAAUGUGUACAUCGGUUGCCUUAUGAGUAAGGCGAGGGCUGUUUGCAAUAACGAAGGAACGUACUUAAAGGCAAAGCUUCCUGAAGCCAUCGACAACGACUGCAAGCUCUGCACCGACAGACAGAAAAUCGGAGCUUUCAAAGCUAUCGAUUACCUAAUCAGUAACCAUGCAGCGAUCUGGCGGGAGAUUCAGGAGAAAUUUGAUCCCGAUGACGAGUUCAGAGUCAGGAACAAAGUCCUCCUCGAAUACUGCCAUCAACAUGAAGAUGACUUCAAUGACCAAGAGUUUUUGGCUCUGUUCAAACGAUACGUCAAACCCAGAGUUCACCAAUCCAGAGGUUAGUGGUCUGUGGUCAAACACUAAAUCAAAAAUUUUUGAUAAUUUUGUAAAUUGACGUUGAUAGAUUAUUAUUAAAGUUCUU